UUGUGGCUAUGUUGGAGACUGUUAGAAGGCUUGCCAUGGUUCGAAUUGCUAAACGGUCUGCUAUUUCUUAUUCACAUGAAGGAUUAUGCACUCCUUAUGUGACCCGUUUCCUUGCUGAUGAGCAUAAGGCAGCUUCUACAUGCUUUGUAUCUCCCAGCACAAAUGGAGCGUAUGAAGUUUACUUGGGAUACGAUAAACACCGAGUUUGUUUAAAUGCCAGAACUUGUACCUGCAUGAAGUUUCAGAUUUGUGGAAUCCCAUGCGAACAUGCUUACGGACUGAUGAUCAAGAAGACAUUGGUAGCUGAAGACUAUGUGUGUGAAUGGUUCAGAACUGCUAAGUGGAGACAGAACUACACAGACGGGCUUGUUCCACAAAGAGGUCCACGCUUUUGGCCUUCCACUGGGGGUGAGAAUGUGUAUCCACCUCCAAAGCCGGACGAUGAGAAGAUCGACAAGAAGAGGAAGAAAGGUGUUAAUGAGUCACCUACCAAGAAGCAACCAAAGCAAAAGAAAAGAAUCAUGCAUUGUGGGAUUUGUGGUGCAGCUGAUCAUAACUGUAGGUACCACCAGAAGAAGAAGAAUAAGAAGAAUACAACACAAGUGGAAUCUUCUCAAGGUUGUCUCACUCAAGAGAAGUAAUGUGGGAUGGAGGAUUAGCAUAAGUAGGACUGUUUUUUUUUUUGGGUUUAUGA